CAAAAGAAUAGGGGAAGUGGGAGUAUAUGGAUGGAAAAGAUGUGAAAGAACGCUUCAACGGCAUAAAUGUCCGGCCAAUCGCUUUCCUACUUCCUCUCUCGAUACACCGAUUCAUUUCAUUCUUCACUGAUCGCUCCCUCUCACAUUUCCGAUUUCGUUUAGGGUAACAUUUUCUAGGGUUUUUUUUAGAUAGGCGAAAUUGAAAUUGGGAAGAAGACAGGUGUUGUUUCCUCAGGUGUAGUAUUAGUAGAUCUGAGGGGGUUGAUUUUUUUCGAAUUAUUGUGGGUGUGAGGGGGGGAAAAUGAGCGCAUCUCGGUUCAUAAAGUGCGUGACGGUCGGUGACGGAGCAGUGGGCAAAACAUGUCUCCUCAUCUCUUACACCAGCAACACUUUCCCUACGGAUUAUGUGCCCACUGUUUUCGAUAACUUUAGCGCUAACGUUGUUGUUAACGGAGCCACUGUCAACUUAGGACUCUGGGAUACAGCAGGGCAGGAGGAUUAUAACAGAUUGAGACCCUUGAGUUACCGCGGUGCUGACGUUUUCAUCUUAGCCUUCUCUCUUAUCAGUAAGGCUAGUUAUGAGAAUGUCUCCAAGAAGUGGAUCCCUGAGCUGACCCACUAUGCCCCUGGUGUCCCUAUUGUUCUUGUUGGAACCAAACUAGAUCUUAGGGAUGACAAACAGUUCUUCGUUGACCACCCUGGUGCUGUACCUAUUACCACUGCUCAGGGCGAGGAACUAAUGAAGCUAAUUGGAGCUCCUUCGUACAUCGAGUGCAGCUCAAAAUCACAGGAGAACGUGAAGGGGGUGUUUGAUGCAGCGAUCAGAGUGGUACUUCAACCUCCAAAGCAGAAGAAAAAGAAGAGCAAAGCUCAAAAGGCCUGCUCCAUUUUGUGAUUUCUCUACGCUCAUCUCUCUUCCACUCUCUAGUGAAGGCUUAAGAAGAAGAAACACUUUAGCCUUUAAGAUUUGGUUCAGAGUUCGUUGUGAUAAGCCUCGCUUAAUCCUUAGAAACGAUUACUUCUGGUUUUACUGAUAAAGAGCUUCCAGCUUUAUAGCUGAGAGCUAAUAUUGCACUACCACUACUUCUCUCUUUGUCUUUAA